AUAUUAACAAUUAAAUUUGUGUAUUAAUGGUUUGAAAAGGCAAAUGUUACAAAAUUUAAGGGAUCGACUAACAUCACCAUAUAUCUUCAAACCACCAAAAAUAUAAGUGUACAUACAUACCAUCUAAAACACUUCUAUCCAAUUACUCCAAAAUAUGGACACCACAAACCCAAAACUCCAAGUAGUAAUUGUGCCAAGUCCAGGCAUGGGCCACCUUAUCCCUUUAGUAGAAUUUGCUAAACUCCUCCAUAAUUCUCACCAAUUUUCAAUCAAUCUUCUUAUCCCAACCUCAUCACCACCCACUCUUGCUCAAACAACCUUCUUAUCCACCCUUCCAUCCUCCAUCUCCUCCACCUUCCUCCUACCUGUGGACCCCACUCUUCUCCCCCUCAAUAUCACCCAUGAAGAAACCAUUUUUCUUACCCACUUCCACUCCUUAUCCUCCUUUCGAUCCGCCCUCCGUUCGCUCUCGAGCGUCGUUGCAGUCGUCACCGAUCUUUUCGGUGUCGACUACUUCGACGUCGCUCGAGAGCUUAACCUACCACCUUACUUGUACUACACGUCAAAUGCUUUUUCAUUGUUAUCUUUCAUUCACUUACCUACGUUGCAUGAAAAUGUCACGUGCGAGUAUCGUGACAUGAAGGAUCCAUGGGUUUUACCCGGGUGUGUGCCACUCCAUGGUAAGGAUUUUGCUGACCCAACUCAAGAUCGUACAAGUGAGUGUUAUAAAGUGUUUAUGUAUAUGAUUAAGAAGUAUAAUAUGAUUGAGGGUAUUUUCGUAAAUUCUUUUUUUGAUCUUGAACCGGGUGCUUUUAAUGCUUUGAUAAAUGAUGAAAACCGACUAUCUGAGAUUUAUCCAAUUGGACCUGUGAUUCAGCCUGUUUUGGAUGAGGAUCAUGGGUCCGAGUGUUCGAGUUGGUUGGAUGAGCAACCAACCAACUCGGUUUUAUUUGUUUCAUUUGGAAGUGGAGGAACCUUGUCUUAUGAUCAAACUAUUGAGUUGGCUAUGGGAUUAAAAAAAAGUGGACAAAGGUUUAUAUGGGUGGUUAGGUCUCCGAGUAAUUCUCCCUUUGGAUCUAUGUUUAGUCAGGGUAAUAAAGACGAUGGAUCCUUCCAAUUUCUUCCGGAAGGGUAUUUGGAUAAGAUUAAGGAUCGUGGAUUUUUAAUUCCGUCAUGGGCCCCACAAAUUAAGAUAUUGAGUCAUAGGAGUACCGGUGGAUUUGUUAGUCAUUGUGGGUGGAAUUCGACUUUAGAGAGUAUUGUGUUUGGGGUGCCUUUAAUUGCUUGGCCGCUUUAUGCAGAGCAGAGGAUGAACGCGGUGAUGCUUAACGAAGGACUAAAAGUAGCGUUGCGACCUAAGGCAAACGAGAGAGGGGUUGUUGAAAGGGAUGAGAUUGCUAGGGUUGUUAAGGAUUUGAUGGAAGGGGAAGAAGGGAAUAAGACAAGGGAUAAGACGAAGGUUUUGAGUGAAUUAGCUAAAAAGGCAAUGAGUGAAGAUGGUGAUUCUACCAAAACUCUUAACCAAGUAAUUAAAAAAUGGAGUAAUUCACAAUAAAUUUUCUGUUAAUUUUCGUUCGCCAUUUUCUUAUUUUGUUUCAUGUAAGGUUAUUCAUUUUCAACAGUUUAUUAAAAAAAAAAAUCUUUUUAAAGAAUAAUAUGAUGUUUAUUUCAUGAAAUAAA